CUCCCCGGCGAAACGCAACGUGCGCUGCGGCGAGUCGCGCGGCUGCCCAUGCCGCUGACACCCUUCCUUUGAAGGGUGAUGCUUUCGUACGUCGUGUCGGACGUCACGUGGCGCAAGUGGAUCCUGAAUUUGGUGCUUGGCCGUGUGUUCCUUUUGCUUGUCGCGAACACAAAGCUCGUGACAAUUGCGUUCUCAUCGUCACGUAGCGAUUGGGCUUCCGAUCCAGUUUUUACGAGGGGACGAACUCUCUUCCUCGGCUUGGGCUUGCGCCUUGCGUGCCGUGAUGAGCUCUGUGAUGUGAGAGGCAGCCUGCCUUAUGCAGAUAAGGAAAGGGGCCAUGUCGGCACUUCGGUGUUAUUAUUACGCUGAUGCUAAGGUUGAGAAGAGGCGCGGCAGCAUUGAGCAGCUCCAACUGCUUGGGGGAGGAGAACGAGCUCGGAUGCGUGGGGGAGGCAGGGACCACGGGAGUGGCAUGCUUAAUUGAAACGAUUCGAGCCCGGUGACUGUGGAACAGCGAAUGGAUGUGGAUGUUUUGCCCCCGGAACUGUGUGCGCACAUCUGCGAAUUGUUUGUCUGCGGCUUGGCGCUUGGGUUGCUUUUUUAGGCGCUUCGCAGAGGCAGUACUUUGGCGUAGGCACUCGCUCAUUUAUAGAACUGAACCCGGAAUGAGGACUCUUAAAACUCCAGCCCACGGCGCCGGCGGCAUGCUUCAAUGCGCAUGGCAUGCAACGGGGCAACCCCAUGCAAUGUCGGCGUGCCCAGUACGGUAGUUGCUGACGGGGCCAACGCGCCCAUUUUACUUCGCGCGUCGGCAUGAUGGGGUUCACAUUGCAUUUGCGUAUGAGAAGACGGGGGAGGGGGCAGGUUUGGUUUACAGGCAUGCCGCAUGCACGUGCUCCCGUGUGGGUGUGCAUCUGCAUCCCUGGCCGCGCUCGCGAAUGAAGUAGUCUGGUGGGUUGCGGUGGGAGCGUGUCUGCGUGCCAUGCACACCGUGGAUGAUUUGCGUGAUUACACUCACAUCUGGCGCGGCAACUCCGCGGCGUGUCGUGUUGCGGUGACUCGGUUGCCGGGCCUUGGAGCACAUGUCGCAACAGAAGGUGUGUGUGUGUGUGUGUGUGUGUGUGUGUGUGUGUGUAAUGUCUGGAGGACGGCUGCGCAGGCAUGCGACGGCGAGGGAAGGUGUGGCUGGUGGAACGGAUGUGCCCUGUGUCGCUGCGAGCACGGGCACCCAGGUGGAGGUGAGAUGAGACGCGGUCGAGCACUGGGCGGCGGGGCCCCCACCCUUGUUGCGCGGGUACAGAACACAUGCCCCUAAGCUUUAACUGCACACGCGACAAUGCGAAGGCGAUGUAUAUGUGACGCUGACACGCCAUUCUGCGGGCAUUGCAUUUCACCGGCAGAGCAGGAUUUAGCCCCGGCCCAUUCGACCGGGUUGAGGGGAUGGUGUCAUGGUUGGAUCGUGUCGUGCCGUGCGAUGUCGUGCCGUGCGAUGAGGCUGUUGCCCGGCCUACAAGGGCAAGCCCGGCCUUGCCCGGCGCUGCUCUUUCGUUACUCCCGUACUCGUACCGAACCAACACAGGACAGACUAUAUGCUGUAACGAACUCUGGUGGAGUGGCCAUUCACUGGGGUCCGGGAAGCGUUCUCUCUCUGUAGUUCGGUGGGCGUCAUCGGAGGGCAAGCCAAGUCUAGGCGCUUACAAGCGCAUAGCAAUGUCACUCUACGGUCCAGGCCCAGGCGUCGCUUCUCACACUGCAUGUCUUGGACGGCGCUUUAGGCGACGCGAGGACAGAGCUGCCCGCCCGCAGCAGGGUGUGUUACCAACACAGGACAGACUAUAUGCUGUAACGAACUCUGGUGGAGUGGCCAUUCACUGGGGUCCGGGAAGCAUUCUCUCUCUGUAGUUCGGUGGGCGUCAUCGGAGGGCAAGCCAAGUCUAGGCGCUUACAAGCGCAUAGCAACGUCACUCUACGGUCCAGGCCCAGGCGUCGCUUCUCACACUGCAUGUCUUGGACGGCGCUUUAGGCGACGCGAGGACAGAGCUGCCCGCCCGCAGCAGGGUGUGUUACGCGGCUCCCUUGCUCGCCAGACCAAGUAACGAAAGAGCAGCCCUGCAGUCGUGGAAGCGCGCUUGGAGGCUCGCGACGAGCCGCCAUGGACUUUUGGCUCGCGAGUUUGGUGCGACGAAUAGUCGCGCCGAUCAUUUCCAGCACUCUGUUGUCAUUUGCCAUAGCCGCUUAGGGCCGCAGUGUGAGCGGAACAGUAGGCAAGGCGCACUGUGCCCGCAGCCGGCCCAGGGACUCGCUACGCACGAAAAGCAGUCCGCAGUGUUAUCGCCGUUAGUUCUUGCCGCGCUUAACCAUCAUGCUGUUGCAGUAGGCCUGCGAAGGAGUGGUGCAGAGGUCUGGAGAUGCCCCACGGGGUGACUGCUCUCGCGUCGGAUUUGCAAGUCGGAGUUCAGGUCUUGCACAUUGGUGACAGGUUCACGGUGGAGGCAUGUGGUAGUGCUGAAGCUGCGGACAAAGCUGGGGGGACCGCACACCCGCGGUCGUGUGUGCCCCGCAGUUGGUUGCCAGAGGCUUGAGUCGUGUUCAGGCAUGCCUUUGAGACCAGCUCUACGCCAGCUACUCUCCUGGACACUGAUGCAUACGGUGUGGGGCUUUUGGGCAUGUUUGAGUCCCAUUCGCUAUGGCCUUGAGGAGAGGCGGUCACACUACAGUUACCAACCUCCAGACUCAAGUUUUCGUCUGAUCGUUUGUGGGGGGAAGUGGUGUGCCCGGUGACGAGCUAGGCACAAACCGGCAGAUGGUCGUGACAACUGCGCCCCUGUGACUGGUCCCGUGUGCCAAGGGUAUGAGGCGUCUGCUGGAGGGCUUCGCGUCACGAGCCGGCAACACAUAAAAGCCAGGGUGACAGGCGGUAGCCGGCGGCGCGGUUUAGACGUCACGUGUCGAAGGGGCGCGGCCGCGCGCAGCUGCAGUUUCGCACUUGGCAUGCACAUCGGUGGUCAGAGGACGGUGCGGCAAUGAGAGCGCGCAGUCUGUGGAAUUUAGACAGUACGAUGUCCGGGAGGUGUGCUCCGGAAGCGCGCGUGUGAGAAAGGGACCACAAAACGGAAUUGCUACGAAAUGGAUGAGAGGAGAGACUGGGGAGCCGGUCAAAAGGCCGCGAAGCGUGUAAGGCCGCUACAUG